CGCUACGAGAACCCUACCUCGCAAUGUGCGGUUUGGACCGUACAGAGGAGUACGUAGUACGGACGCUGCUUCAAACUACUGCUGGCAGAUCUGCGACAAAGACCACAAACCCUCACACAUGGUGGACGCCGUAGACGGGAACAACUCGAAUUGGAUGCGGUUCAUAAACUGCUCCAGACAUUGGAGUGAACAGAACCUCGUCGCGUUCCAGUACAGGGGAGAGUUGUAUUACUGUUAAACGAAUAGCAGCCAGUAAUGAGCAGUACGAUAACAUGUAUGCAGCACUGAUAAAUCCAAGUAAUAAGAGUGGAACUAAGUUGAAGCAAUGUGUUGAUUUGAAGAUAGAAAAUUAUUUGAAAAAGAAAAAGAAAAUUAUUUCAGUUAAAAAGUCGAAUUCAAGCAAUGUUAAUGGAUCAACGCACAAUAUAACUAUUGCUCCGAAGAGAACUAAUAAAAUACAUUCAGAUACAAAGUCUAAUACCAGUAUCGUUGGUGAAACAACGAAUCAAUCUAUUCAAGCAGGUCAACACACUGGUGACAAACCAUACUCACGCGAUGAAAGUGGUCAAAGUAUCACUGAAUCUGUCCAUUUGACGAACCAAGAAAGAAUACAUACCAUUGGUAAACCUUACUCAUGCAAUGUGUGUGGUAAGAGUUUCAAUAAAUCUUGUAAUUUGAAAACACAUUGUAGAAUACAUACCGGUGAUAAGCCUUAUCCGUGCAAUGUGUGUGGUAAGAGUUUCAGUGAAUCUAGUUCUUUGAAGAGACAUAGUAGAAUACAUACCAGUGAUAAGCCUUAUCCGUGCAAUGUGUGUGGUAAGAGUUUCAGUGAAUCUAGUUCUUUGAAGAGACAUAGUAGAAUACAUACCAGUGAUAAGCCUUACCCGUGCAAUGUGUGUGGUAAGAGUUUCAGUGAAUCUAGUUCUUUGAAGAGACAUAGUAGAAUACAUACUGGUGAUAAACCUUACCCGUGCAAUGUGUGUGGUAAGAGUUUCAGUGAAUCUAGUUCUUUGAAGAGACAUAGUAGAAUACAUACCAGUGAUAAGCCUUACCCGUGCAAUGUGUGUGGUAAGAGUUUCAGUAUUUCUGGUUAUUUGAAGACACAUACUAGAAUACAUACCGGUGAUAAACCUUACCCUUGCGAUAUGUGUGGUAAGAGUUUCAAUAAAUCUUGUGAUUUGAAAACACAUUGCAGAAUACAUACCGGUGAUAAGCCUUAUCCGUGCAAUGUGUGUGAUAAGAGUUUCAGUGAAUCUAGUUCUUUGAAGAGACAUAGUAGAAUACAUACCAGUGAUAAGCCUUACCCAUGCAAUGUGUGUGGUAAGAGUUUCAGUGAAUCUAGUUCUUUGAAGAGACAUAGUAGAAUACAUACCGGUGAUAAACCUUACCCGUGCAAUGUGUGUGGUAAGAGUUUCAGUGAAUCUAGUUAUUUGAAGAGACAUAGUAGAAUACAUACCAGUGAUAAGCCUUACCCGUGCAAUGUGUGUGGUAAGAGUUUCAGUAUUUCUGGUUAUUUGAAGACACAUACUAGAAUACAUACCGGUGAUAAACCUUACCCUUGCGAUAUGUGUGGUAAGAGUUUCAAUAAAUCUUGUGAUUUGAAAACACAUUGCAGAAUACAUACCGGUGAUAAGCCUUACCCGUGCAAUGUGUGUGGUAAGAGUUUCAGUGAUUCUAGUUCUUUGAAGAGACAUAGUAGAAUACAUACCGGUGAUAAACCUUACCCGUGCAAUGUGUGUGGUAAGAGUUUCAGUGAAUCUGGUCAUUUGAAGAGACAUACUAGAAGACAUACCGGUGAUAAACCUUACCCGUGCAAUGUGUGUGGUAAGAGUUUCAGUGUAUCUAGUUCUUUGAAGCGACAUAGUAGAAUAGAUACCGGUGAUAAACCUUACCCGCGCAAUGUGUGUGGUGAGAGUUUCAGUGUUACCGGUCAUUUGAAAUCACAUAGUAAAAUACAUACCGGUGAUAAACCUUACCCGUGCAAUGUGUGUGGGAAGAGUUUCAUUCACAAACAUUUCACAAACGUACAAAGUUUGGUAUAA